AUGAAGACUUCCGUGAGGAAUCUGCUUCUACUCAGCUAUGCCGCCACAGCCUACGUAGCGGCUGCGCCGGGCUCAGGAGAUGCACGUGCCGCUGCUAUCUGUGGAGACCUCGGCGUCCUGAGCAUUGAGGAUGGCCAGCUCCCGGAGGGUGUGUCCCGCGCCGACUUGCGUAUGUGCGCUGGGCAUCCGAAUGGCAGAACGCGUGUUCUCGAUCCCGAACAGGGAGCAUCGCUAGCUCCUAUGGGGGGUGAUGCAUAG